UCCGCUUUCUGUUCACCGCCAGGACCCGUGGCUCCGGGGCCGGGGGGGCGCGGUGGGUGCUGUUAACCUUUGCUCCGGCCUCGUGAUCGGGGGACCCCCCCCAGCCUGCCGCUCCCAGAUCCGAGAAGCGAUGCGGGCCCCGGAUUGGCUGGGAGGAGCCCCCUCCCGCUCAGCGGGCUCUCUGGUCGCAGCGUGGGGACUCCAGCCUGCUUCCGUGUCCGGCCCCAGAGCCCCCCGCGGGAUGUUGCUGCUGCUGCUGCUGCUGCCCCUCUGCUGGGCCGUGGAGGUCAAGAGGCCGCGGGGCGUCUCGCUGACCAACCACCCCUUCUACGACGAGAACAAGCCGUUCACCUGCUUGGACGGCUCGGCCACCAUCCCCUUCGACCAAGUGAAUGAUGACUACUGUGACUGCAAUGAUGGCUCCGAUGAGCCUGGCACGGCUGCCUGUCCCAACGGGAGCUUCCACUGUAGCAACACCGGCUACAAGCCCCUGUACAUCCCCUCCAACCGCGUCAAUGACGGCGUCUGCGACUGCUGUGAUGGGACAGACGAAUACAACAGCGGCAUCGUCUGUGAAAACACCUGCAAGGAGAAGGGCCGGAAGGAGAGGGAGUCCUUGCAGGAGCUGGCGGAGGUCACGCGGGAAGGCUUCCGUCUCAAGAAGAUCCUCAUCGAGGACUGGAAGAAGGCCCGGGAGGAGAAGCAGAAAAAGCUCCUUGAGCUGCAGUCCGGAAAGAAGUCCCUGGAGGACCAGGUAGAGCUGCUGCGGACGGCCAAGGAGGAGGCUGAGAAGCCGGAGAAGGAGGCCAAGGAGCAGCACCAGCGGCUGUGGGAAGAGCAGCAAGCCGCCUCCAGGGCCCAGCGCGAGCAGGAGCUGGCGGCCGAGGCCUUCCAGGAGCUGGACGACGACUUGGACGGGAGGGUCUCACUGGCAGAGCUGCAGACCCACCCUGAGCUGGACACGGAUGGGGACGGGACGCUGUCCGAAGGGGAAGCCCAGUCCCUCCUCGGGGGAGACGCGCACACGGACGCCGCCUCCUUCUACGACCGCGUCUGGGCCGCCAUCAGGGACAAGUACCGGUCCGAGGCGCUGCCCGCCGAGCCGGCACCCCCCACCCCUGAUGUGACAGCGCCUAAGGAGGAGCAGCCGCCCGUGCCCCCACCGCCCACGGAGGAGGACGAGGAGGAAGAAGAGGAGACGGAGGAGGAGGAGGAGGAGGAAGAGGAGGAGGAGUCCGAGGUGCCGGGGGAGCCGCCCAAGGAAGCCCCGCCCCCGCUCGCACCCCCCCAGCCACCCAGCACCGCCGAGGACAAAAUGCCACCGUAUGACGAGCAGACACAGGCCUUGAUUGACGCCGCCCAGGAGGCCCGGGGCAAGUUCGAGGAGGCUGAGCGGUCCUUGAAGGACAUGGAGGAGUCCAUCAGGAACCUGGAGCAGGAGAUCUCCUUCGACUUUGGACCCCAAGGGGAGUUCGCCUACCUGUACAGCCAGUGCUACGAGCUCCCCACCAAUGAGUACGUCUACAGGCUCUGCCCCUUCAAGCUGGUCUCCCAGAAGCCCAAGCUCGGCGGCUCCCCCACCAACCUCGGCACCUGGGGCUCCUGGGCCGGCCCCGACCACGACAGGUUCAGCGCCAUGAAGUACGAGCAGGGCACCGGCUGCUGGCAGGGCCCCAACCGCUCCACCACGGUGCGGCUGCUGUGCGGGAAGGAGACGGCGGUGACCAGCACCACGGAGCCCAGCCGCUGCGAGUACCUCAUGGAGCUGACCACGCCGGCCGCCUGCCCGGAGCCGCCCCCGGAAGCCCCCGCCGACGGCGACCACGACGAGCUCUAGCCAGCGCGGAGAGCCUCCAGGUGGGAAACCAGCCCCCGCAGGCCGCCCGCCGCCGUGGGGCCUGCUCCUCUGCGGUCCCGCGCCCUCCCCCGCGGGGCCAGGAGCCGCGUGGGACCCGGUUGGGGCCGGGCUAUGCUCCCAGGCCCCAGCGGCCUCCCAGGACAGGAUGAAGCAGCUGCCCGCUGGCCAGGGCCCCGGGCCGGCCUCCCCUGCCCCCCCCAUCCCGUGGAGAUGAGUGACAGACUUGACCUGUGACCUUGAAACAAUAAAUGUGAUGUCUCCUCA